CUUCGAUCCUCUAGCCCCUGGGGCGAGAGCAAAACAGCCAGAUCCAAUGGUCGAUCUUGAUCGCCUUCUAAAUCGCCUCCAACAGACGAUCCUGAGAGCCGACGCAGAUCGAGAGCGGAGGCUGAGAAACAGCGAGUACGAGCGUCAGAAGUUGGCAUUUAACAUCGACUAUGCACGAACGCUGCUCACGAAGAUGGACCAAGAUGCCUUUUCGAUCAAAGUCUUGACGAGGAAACAGGAGACGCAAGACGACUUGAAGCGGAAACGUGAAGUUCUCGACCACAUAACACACCGACUAAAGGACUUGGAGGAGAUGAGUACACAUGUCGAUGAUGAUGACACGGGUUCCGAGGCGGACGACAUCCUGCACGAGAUCAUCAUGACACCUAGUGAGAGCAUGGACUCGCGGUCUACGGAUGUAGCAACGCAAGUUACAGGAGACGGAGAUGAAUACGAAGAUGAGCAAGCAGCAAGGUCGCCGGUACAGAGAGAGAAUACCGUCGAGACCCUGAAUGAGGUUCUGUCAGAGAAACCGGAUGUCAUCACAGCCCAUGAUUUGCGGUCCCGAGGCAAGCAGACAGCACCAUCAGAUCAGGAGAAGAAGCCACAGGACCUAGACACGGCACAGACUACCGGCGCCACCAGAUCACUCCUAUUUGGCAAUCGCUCGACAGAGGUUUCUGAUAUUUCCACUACCGAAGCGAUCCUUGAUCAUCAGCGUCAGGAACAGGAAGUCGUGACAGAAGAUCUCCUGAGGAUGGCAAGUCAGCUGAAACUAUCCUCUCAAAAGUUUGGUGAGGCGCUUCAGGAGGACACCGAGAUUUUGACACGGGCUGGCGAAGGUUUGAACAAGAAUGAACUGAGUCUUGAGGCAGCCGCCAGGCGGAUGGGCGCAAUCACCAAGAUGACGGAGGGCAAGGGCUGGUGGGGCCGCAUCAUGCUCUACGCAUGGAUUUAUGGACUUAUGGUGGUCAUGAUCUUGGUUGUUUUUGUUCUACCGAAACUGAGGUUUUGA